CUGUUGUAGUUCUUGGAUUUCUUACCUUUCGUGGUAGAUCUCCACGAGUGGAGCAGUUUCUUGUUUUCUGUUCGGCUUCAGUCCAUGAUCCAGUAUCCAGUUUUUUUUAUCCUUCACGCACUUGACUGCUGACCCAGUAGAGCGUCUUGUCAUAGCACUAUCUCCUUCCGCAGCUUGCUUGCAUGUAGGGAAUAUCUUAUGUGAUGCUCAAAUUUCCUUUGAGAUUGAGGCUUUAUUUGCGGAGCACAUUAAUGCCAUCCCGGAGUCGAGGUUGUGGUGACAACAACUAUGUAACUGACCUUUCAUCUUGAAAAGAAUAUUUCCUGCUUGUUCCUAGUGAGCCUGUUAGCACGAUGCCAUCAUGCUUAUGGUGCCAGCGGACAGAAUGGAUGGUGGACAAGUUGCCGUCCAUCGCCAAUGGCACAGCGCCGGCACACAUUUUACAGCAGAGCGAAGAGGAGUUGGGCCGGUGCUGCGACUGCGUGGCCGAGUAUCAUCGCGAGUGCAGCAACUGGCUGCGCAGCGCCGGCAUGCCAGCUUACUCCAAGCGCAUCUACAAACGCGAUCUACUGCGACUCACCCAGCGCUUUCAAAUGUUCCUUGUCAAGUCGGAGCCAGAUGACAUUGCAGCACCAGUUGAUUUAGAGAAGGAGGUCAAAGCCGCUCUCUAUGAAGUACUACUCGCGCCUGCUUUGCUAUGGGACAAGAAACUUGCUGAGCUAUUUGUGAAGUGUCUGCUGAAGUACCGCCAGCAAGGUGGUUAUCUGGACUGGAGUGAGAAGCUGCCAGGGAUGUACUUGCUGCUUGUCUACCCAGACCUGAAUGUGAGCGUAUGGGCAUGGGACGUGGUGCGGGAAGCCGGUGAAAUCAAUGAAGACGACUACCUGGACGUGGAGGAGGUGAUACGCUGGAUCAUGGCAGCCGUGGAAGGUGGCUUUUGCAUGAGCAGUGCCACCAGCGAUAUGCCCAUGGCACCCACUAUUGACUACUACACCAUUCACGAGUCAAAUGCGUCAGCAACGCCGUUGUGUGCACACCUGCGAUGCAGCUCUGCACACCAAUUGAACUUCUUCUGGCUCGGCAUUGAACGCCUCUUGAAGAUCAUUUCGCCCGAGGCUCUACGCCGUGGUCUGCUGGCCAACAAUCGCAAGUUUGUCGACACGUUGCUGACUGUUCUGAAGCGGGGCUACCAGGCUCAGGAUCUAGAGCUGCGAGACUGCUUCUGGAUCGUGCUACGCUGUCUCGUGUUCCUCCUGCAUACCCUUGACUCGGCAUUCUGGCAGUAUUGCUCUGAAGAACCGGACGAUAUGUUGCAGAUGAUCGCACUGCACACUGUAUAUCAGAGAGAGAUGCAGCGGCUUGGUCGCCAAAUCCAAGAUCAAACGAAUCCAGUCGCUGGGUCCGAGUCUUAUCGACAGUGUACAUUUGGCUGGUUUGUGCCGUUCAUUUUAUCCAUGUUGGAGUUUGGUAACCUGGCAGCCCACGCAUUCACCUCAACGAUUCGCUACCUGUGCAAGAUAUGGGGUGUUAUUGUCAAGGAACAGAGCGAUCGAGGUGAUUUCAAGGCACCUCUGCUCAUUGAGGAUGUCCUGAGAGGUAAUCGUCUUGCUGUAGAAUGCUGUCUGGCUGUACUGCGGCUUUUGAAGGCAGUUCUUGACCAUAAUGUCACUUUUCUAGCUCAGCGGACAUCCAAGACAUUCUGGCUGCCACUCAUGCUAGGUGUCAUGCAGUCCAGCCUUGGCUUAUCCAGCAAUGCUAGCCUGUGGCCAGGUGCUCGUCUGAUUGUACGUGAAGUCAACACAGUUAUGCGUCAGCUACUGAUGACACCAGUCUGCCAACACCUGGAGCCAGAGCGACUUGAGCUGCUCAAGACAAUCUUCCCUGAGAGCCAUCCCGCCUCGUCACUUUCAGCUGACCUUUUCUCUGGCUGGCAGAUCCAGGUCAAGAGGUAUGUAAUGGACAUGCUGACAUAUGUGACUGGCAAGCAGCAAUUGGCCGGUGACAGUAGUACGGAGUGUGCAUGCCCUAAGCCGCUGGUACCUACGGCAACUGUGACAGUUGAGAAAAAGACGGUGAAGGCAGACCCGGAGCUUGCCACCAGGGUUGAGGUCAUCGAAAUCCUCGAUUCAGACGAUGACGAUGUCGUGGUGAAGACCGAAGUCAAUGUGAGCACUCCUCCGGGUAGUGGAUAUGCCUCCGGAAACUCUUCUCCUGCCGGCGUCGCUCUCCUGCCAAUAACAAAUCCUGACGUAGUACCUACUACGGACGUUGAUGUGAAGCAAGAGGCAAGUGUGAGCGCUUUGGAUACUCCCCAGGGUAGUGAACCUGCCAACAAGGGCCCAUCUCAAGAUGACGUUCUUUUCUCUUCACUUUCUGACGAGUCGUACACAGACCUAGCUGCCGAGAUGUCUGAUGAUUCCCAAUCCGAUGAGUUUCCUUGCAGUCAGAUGCCAAGGUUUAGAUAUGUUGAUGGAGCACUGCAACCGCCAGUGCAACCCGUACCUGAUACGAACAAUGAGGCCAAAGAAACUGCCACAUUGGUGCCGGAACCCAGUGCUGUGCAGCACGAAAACAAUACGGCAAAGUAUGGCAGGACUAGACAGCCCAAACGUGAGCCGCAUCCAGCGGGUAUCAGUGGAGGCGACGAAGGUGACACGAUUUCUUCAAGUUGCCCUGCUUCGCUAUCUGCGCGCACCAGUCCCGUGCCGUUUGUGAUACCCUACCAUCACCUCACUGUGCAGGAGGCACGCCAUCAGCUGGGCCUUCCUCUCAAACCUUCCGCUUUACCAUGCAAGUCUGAGCUAACUGACCGAAACACUCAACAUGGCCAACCAGGUGAAGGCAGGCCAGUACAUGCAGCAUCUGCUGCUAACUCACCCGAGCAAGGUAGCUCAUCAAGUAAUGACUUGUUCGAAGAAGAUACUGGUGAAGUCAAAGUGCCCAGCCCGCCUUGUGUCAAAGUGUCCAGUCCGCCGUCGCCAGUUCGUGAUGGGUCACACCAUGUUGGUAACUUAUCAGGUAUCGGAAGUGGUUCAGUGUUUCGCCCAGGCUUGCCACCUGCCGAUAGUAAACCUGGGGGCAAGAUUAAGGUACAGCCAGACCUCUCCGCCUAUGGUAAUUUUACACUUGACGAUUCUGCACUCAGCGAUUCUGCAUUUGUGGACACCACGCAAAUUGAAAAUCGAUCAGAUGACGGCUUCAAGUCUGAUCAUGGAAGUGACGACGAAUUGGCUGGUUGGGCUUUUGAGCAACCAGAUUGUUCUAUGGAAGCUGACAUGAUGGCCGAUUUUGAGGCAUCACAGCAGGUGACUGGUGCCAAUAACAAUACCCAAGUGGACCUUCCGUUUGCCCCACUGUCACCCAUUGAUGAGUCAUCACAGCUUGUGUGGUUCACAAGCAGAGACAAUGUUGCAUUACCUAGUGCUGCCAAGGAACCCCAUGCAAUGGCAACAGCUGCUGCUGGUGCUCCAGCCAAUCCCACCGCCGCUCUACCGCCUCCACACCCUGCUGUUGCUGCUCCACCUCCAGUGCGCACUGCAGCAUAUCCGCCACUAGCGGAGGAUUGUUUGAAGCCGAAGAGACCCCCGUGUAUCUUUUCGCUGCUUGAAGCCGUUCUGGCUUGGCGAUCCAUGUGGUUUCUUUAUCCAUCGGUUGACCAAAGGACUGGGAGACCGCUUGACACUGGAAAUGCUUACAAGGAAGAUAAAAGGAUUCUGCCCUUGCCCAUCGCGUUCAAGUCUGUUGAUGAGUACGUUGAGUUCUUUGAACCACUCGUCCGCAGCGAAGUCUGGUACCAGGUCUCAGCAGCUGUGUGUGCGUUGCACAACUCGAAACCGAAUGUGUUUCUUGGCUGCGUGACCAGUGCCGACAAAUCAUGCCCGAAUGCCAAGCGCAGUCGCUUGGUGGCCAUGCAGGGUUGCCUUUCGCCAUGCGAUGGCAACAGGCGGGGGCCGCUCAGCGAACGGGACCUGGUAUUGGUAUACUUACACACAGAGACUUCUCAUCCCAUUAAGGACCUACAUCGCGGCAUGUGUGGCAGGAGCUCCAUCAACAAGCCGCGUGUUCCGAAGCCGUUGUUCUUCCCCACCGGGCAGGCCAAUAACCUGGCGCCUGUCGAGCCCAUCUUCGCUAUCGUCCAGAGUGUAGAGAAAAGAAAGCAGCAAUCGGGUAACGUGCAAGAGGGUGUGGCGCACGGCGGGAACGUAGACGAAAAUGGACAGCUUGUGGUGAUGACCGUUAAUCUCCUGGUUGACGGCUCGAAACUUCGCCACCUGGGACCAGGCAAGAAGGCCUUUUUGGUGCCCGUUGACAACCUAACGGGUUGGCAGCGGUGCGCGGUGGGCUUGCACAGGCUGCAUACGUCACUGCUGGCGCGUGACGUGCUGAGUCCACGAGGUCAGGAGUACUUCUCAAGCAGGGGUUGUCUUGUCACUCAUGAUCAGAUUGCCAGGGUGUCACUGCCAUUCAAUGCUUGUCAGAAGGAGAUCAUCGCUACAACAUGCUCAGCCGUACGCGAGCCCUACUGCCACCCUCGCACCAGUCUCCUACAGGGUCCGCCUGGUACAGGCAAGACACACAUGAUAGUUGGCUUGAUAGCUACCCUGCUGAAGCUAUGUACCAGCAAGUCUGCUGAAAAGAAGACCCGGAUCCUGCUGUGUGCGCCAAGCCAUGCUGCAGUCGACGAGAUUGCUUGCCGCUUGGUUUCGGAAGGCUUGAUCUUUGACCCUACCAGAGCGUCGGGUGGUGGAGGCCAUGCACACUUGCUGCGCACUGGAGCACUAGAGCGUAUGAACCCGGUACUGCACCCCUACAGCCUGGAACAGCGCGUCCGUGAAAAACAUGAUGAGCAGUUCACUCACAGCUCAGCCAAUGGCAACAAUGUGGAGGAGCAGAUCCAGGAAGUGACAGCACUCCUUGAAAAAGUGGAGAAGAAAUGCUCCGUGCUGCGGUUUGACAUGAACAGCAAAAAGAAAAACCCUAAGGAGGUUGCCCAUAUCAAGCCGGACAUGGAUGCUGCCGAGAAGGAACGCAUCACCUUGGAGCGUAAGCUGCGUGCUCUGCGGCUCAGCAAGAGACAGGCUUUUCCACGCAAACGUAAGAGCUUCCGUCAGAUGGAGGAGAUUGUCUUCAAGGAGUGCUUGAAGCAAGCAGAUAUCGUUGCUACUACGCUGAGCGGGUCUGGCUCUGACGCGUUGUCAAAGGCGGUGCUGCAGCUGAACAAGCGCAUGUUUUUCACGUGUGUGAUCAUUGAUGAGGCUGCACAAUGCUCUGAACUGGACGCUCUCAUUCCACUGCAGUACGGCUCCAGCAAGCUUGUGCUUGUUGGUGACCCAUGUCAACUGCCAGCCACGGUCAAGUCACAGACAGCGGAAUGUAAUCUGUAUGGACGAUCGCUGUUCGAACGGUUUUUCAAGUACUUUGAGCAAGAACGCCACCGGCAGCCUAGUCCGGUGAGAAUGCUGAGAGAACAGUAUCGCAUGCAUCCCGACAUCUGUGGCUUCUCGUCCAGGCAAUUCUAUCAUGACAAGCUGCAAACCAGUCCGGUUGUCUUGGAGCGACCUGCCUACCCCGUUGCGCCCUUCACCGCACUCAACUUGCUUAACAGCAGAGAAGAUCUAAGGGGAGAUGGACGUGUCUUCAAUCCAGUAGAGAUCCGACUGGUAGUGGCAGUGUGCAAGUUUCUAGUGACUUCACCGUCGCACCCCAUUCCAGCACGGUCCAUUGGCAUUAUCACACCGUAUCGUGAACAGGUGGAGAAACUGAAGGCCCAGCUCAAGGACAGGGAAUAUGAAGGCAUCGAAGUGCUCUCUGUUGAUGGCUUCCAGGGACGGGAGAAGGAUGUUAUCAUUCUCAGCUGUGUCCGUGCUCAAGGUGCCUCUCAAUCUAUCGGGUUUGUGCGCAAUCCACAGCGACUUAAUGUUGCCAUGACAAGAGCACGACGUUCGCUUAUUGCAAUUGGCCACUACGAAACACUGAAGGUCAGUAAAGACUGGGCUGCCCUGCUUGACUUUUCCAAGUCCACUGGCAACUUUCAGCAGAUCGUCAGCGCGGUGGAUUCAGCACCACGCCUGUCCAGCAUACUGACGCGCCACCUUCACUCGGUGUCAUCGGACCAGGUCCCCAUGACGAGUGUCGCUUUGGAGCCGGUAGCCAGAGCUAUCGUGCAGGGCACGAGAGCUGACCCUCGACGGCCUCCUAUAGGGGUGCGUCCGGGCCCUGCCGUCGUCCCUGCCGUGCAUGGCAUGUCUCUGCCAGCGCAGGGUAAUGUAACGUUCGGCAGCGGUGCUGCCUCGCCAGUCUCCGCAACAACCUCUCCUUGUACGAACACUGCUCCACCGCUAUUCGGCGGCAUCCUCGUCAACACCAGGGAUACAUCCGGCCACCAUAAUAGCGGGACACAACGAGCGCGCAUUGCCAAGCGUAAGAAAUCGGUUACGUUCAAUGCAAACCAGGAUGAAGUUCAUCUACUACCGACACAGCAUGAAGCGCCAGUAUACCCUCAUCAUACCGCUGCCAGCAGCUCCACGCCCGCACAGGCACCCGCACAGGCUAGUUGCGCUGCGUCCGCCGUGGCGUCAGGCAGGGGUGCACGGAAUCGGCAUUCUGCGGACAGCAACCCAUGUGAGAUCUUCUCUCUGGGCGAGCCACCGCCUAAACGACGACCCAACAGCCUCGGUGUGCCUCUCACCGGUGGCGGCAGUACAAGACCCGCAGCGGCUGGCAGUAACUACUCAUCUCCAGUAACAAGUACCAGUACCUCCUGGAACUAUGUACAGCAGCAGCAGCAGCAGCAGCAGCAGCAGCAUACUACACGGCCGUACUCGCCAGCCACUUCUGAGCAGCACGACCAGCCUUCUGCGCAGGUAGCUGGCGUUCGGCAACACACACCAUUUGUCUUUGGCCAGCGAACUCGCCAGGCCCAUGGGUCGUCCAGUGAUGCUGCACGGGGGCCUGAACCUGCACUGCCCGCUCCAGUUAAGAAGAAGAAGAAAACUCCAUUACGCGCUCAAAUGACCAAGCAGCUCCAAACGAAGGGUCAUUCGAACUCUAGAUUGUAAUUCUGUUUUAAUCAAACCAUGAAACUCCUCGCGUGUGGUGCUCUUUCACGUGCAUAUGAAAGAGCAACUGGUUUGUGCCUACUCCAUUUGCUGAUUUUAUUGGUCCAGAGUUCCUUUCUCACUUUAGAAAUAAGUCCAGCUCCAGCUCCUCUGCUCACUUUUUAAUGAUUGAACCAGUUAGUCCAGAUUCAUAGCAAGUUGUCUUUCCCUUGCUGCUAUUGUAGCUUUUGUAACCUGUCACCGCUAAGGGUGCUGACAAUUGUUUUUCCUCUUAUUUUUACCGGUGGAUGUUGUGUUCUGCUGCUUUAUGUAGCAUGUAGUGUAAGAACUACCUGGCAUCAAGGCCAAUAUACUGCAUUACAACUUUCAAUUGGAGUUAGUCGCAACAGUGUAUCCUUGUCCAUCGAGGCUAUUGGCUGGUGUCAUUGUGUGACCCAUAUAGUACUCGUGGACUGCUUUGUUCCACGGAUCUGAAA